CAAUAUGGCUGCGCCCACACGCUGUAAACAUGGAGCAAAGAGCAGCUGAGUUGUGACGAGUUCGGCGAUGAAGCAAGGGCAGCAUGAUUUUCCUGGCUAAUAAAUAUGUGGCACUUAUCACUUGUAGUGUUAUUAGACACAUAUAUAUACCUGUCAGUGUUUCCCUCUCGCAGCCAGGGCACUUGAGAGCAGCUCGCUUACAGGCGCGAAGGUGGUUGCACACGGGAAACAAGUCUCGCUGCGAAGUGCGCUACGAAUGGAAGGAUCCCAAGUCUGACGACGAAGUAGUCAAUAUUACCUACGUAAGAAAAGAUGGAUCGAAAGUGCCAGUACGGGGGAAAGUUGGCGACAACCUCAUGUACUUAGCUCAUCGCUACGGCGUCGAAAUGGAAGGUGCUUGCGAAGCUUCUCUAGCGUGCACGACGUGUCACGUGUACGUGAGGGAGGAUUACUGCGACAAGCUACCAGAGCCCGAUGAAAAAGAGGAGGACCUCCUGGACCUGGCGCCAUUCCUCAAAGAGAACUCCAGGCUUGGAUGCCAGAUCAUACUGACCAAGGACUUGGAAGGGAUGGAGGUGACAUUGCCAAUGGCAACACGCAACUUCUACGUUGACGGUCACGUGCCCCAGCCGCACUAAAAGCGGUGCUCUGCUUGUCCAUGCCGCUAUUCGAUUUAUUGUAUAGAUUUACUUGUUAUUAAAAUCAUGCUCGGUUAACUUUCCCGGCAGACGUCGUCGUUAGAGGUACAAGCUGGCUGCAAACACAAUGUCCCUCUUGAUGAGCUUGACGGCUGAAACACAAGAGGCCACAGAAUGUAAGAUUGAAAAACACGGCACACACGCUAUGCACACCACGGUGUUUACCUGUAAAAUAAUUGAAGUUUUCUUCUUUUUCUUUUUAACAUAUGCUAUUAAACCUGUUAUUCUAAGCAUUCACUUAUGCUGUGCUGGGUUUAAUACUUCAGGAUUAUGAUUUAAACAUGGGCAACAGCACACAGUCUAUAGCAGCAUUUCUUCUAUAUAUACUGGAGUGAUAUUUCAGAUGUUUACAGCUCAGUGUAGUUCAGAUUGUACUAGAGUAACGAUUCAUUGCGCUUUCUUGUGCAAGUGUAAUCUCCAUGGCCAGAAAUAAAGGUGAGCAAGCUUUUCUUGAUGUGGAA